AUGUCACCGAUCAGAGCUGUCAUGCAUUCCUCAGAGGGGACAUGUACACUGAUGAUCAGUGUGCCCUGAUGAUCAGUGUAGCCCCAGAAGUGCCACCUGUCAGUGUCCCUCAAUGCCACCUGCCAGUGCCCAUCAGUGCCACAUCAAUGCCACAUAUCAGUGCCUACCAGUGCACAUCAAUGCCACAUAUCAGUGCCUACCAGUGCACAUCAAUGCCACAUAUCAGUGCCAGUCAGUGCCACCUAUCAGUGCCAGUCAGUGCCGCCUAUCAGUGCCAGUCAGUGCCGCCUAACAGUGUCACCUAUCAGUGC